GGGUCCAAAAAGAAUAAUCAUAUUUAGUGUUUUUCUAUUAUAUCAGUCAUAUCAGUGAUAUCUGACAUCAGUGAACGUACGAAGGAGCCACGUUUUAUAUCUAUUCGCUCUGAUGCCUAGUUACAACGUUUCCAAGUUGAUUUUAUUUCUUUUAUAAAAUAAAAUGGACCUUGUUAAACACUCUUCCUUCACGUGUAUAACUUGUAGAGUUGGGUUUAAAGAUCCAGAAAUUCAAAGAUUACACUAUAAAUCAGAUUGGCACAGAUAUAAUUUAAAACGAAAAGUUGCUGAAUUGCCGCCAGUUAACAGUGAAGACUUUCAGUUUAAGGUGUUAAACCAACGGAACUUGAAUGAAGCUCUUCAGCAAAACAGUAAUGUCUACUGCCACAUAUGUAAAAAAAAUUAUGGAAAUAGCAAUGCAUACAAUAAUCACCUGAAUUCAAAAAAGCACAAAGAUAAUGAGAAAAGUUUUAAUCCAUCAGAGCAAAAUGUGACCCACCAUAAUUCUGUUAAUAAAAACAAAUCGUUUAAUGAAAACAAUGUUCUUGAUCCUGCAUUAGACAGUGAUUCUGAGGAACUGAGUUCUGAUGAGUGGGAAGAUAUAAAUACUGCUAUUGAGAGCAAUGAUUGUUUAUUUUGCACACAUCAUAGUCGAAAUUUUAUUAGUAAUUUGGAACACAUCACCAGUGUGCAUUCAUUUUUUAUACCAGACAUUGAGUACUGCAUCAAUAUGGAGGGUCUUUUGGGCUAUUUAUAUGAAAAGGUAACUUGUGGAUUCAUGUGUUUAUGGUGCAAUGAAAAAGGUAGAACCUUCCAUUCUGCAGAUGCUGCUAGAAAACAUAUGAUAGACAAAGGGCACUGUAAAAUGUUAUAUGAGGGAAUUGCAUUAGCUGAAUAUGCAGAUUUUUAUGAUUACUCUUCGUCUUAUGAAGAUGCAGACAAUGAAGAUAUUAAUCCAGAUGAAGACGUUAAUGUGGCUGAACUAGAUGGUUCAGAUUAUCAACUAGUUCUACCAUCAGGCAUAACAGUUGGACACAGAAGUCUCAUGAGAUAUUAUAAGCAAAGUUUAAACCCCAACAAGGCAUUAGCUGUUUCCAAUAAUAAUAAUAAAAAACUCCAUAAAGUUCUUGCCAAAUAUCGAGCUUUGGGAUGGACUGCUGCUGAACAGGAAUCUGUUGUGAGGAAAGCCAGAGAUAUUCACUAUAUGAAACGAUUGCAAUCCAAAUAUAUGACCAAGUUAGGGAUUAAGAAUAACAAAUUACAGAAGCAUUUUAGACAACAAGUUAAUUUUUAAGUGUAAUUAUGACAUUAUUUCCUUAAAAAUUAUAUAUAAAUUUAAC